GACAGCUGACUUCAGGUCAGUCAGGUGGAACACCUCGUGAAACGUGCAGCUAACGGGUGCGUAAUCGAUCGACGCUCGUCGAGACGAAGGUACCGAAGUUUACGUGUCGCCGUUCGUCCGAUUUAAUUCGAUAAACAGUGUGAUACACGUGCUUGUUGCCCGGCUUGUCGAUUCGAGGCGAAUCGGCGCGUAGGAUUGAAUCGUUUUAGUGCGCUAUAAGGACUGACAGCUCAAGGCUAGGAAACAAUGAUUCCAAGGGCUGACAACGUCUUGGGACCGCCCCUGUUCACAACCGCACUGACUCUUCUGCUGGUAGUACAAAUGACUGGGAGCUUCCCGCACAGCAUCGGACACACCAGUAACCCUCGUCUUCAGGAGAAAACAGCUUACAGGGCAGAAGACCAACCGGAAAAUCAAGCGAUGCUCGGUGCUCGCAAUGUGCCAACUCGAAUCGACUCUACGCAGGCCGACGAGAAGAUCGUCUUCCCGUCCGAGGACAACGAAUCUCAAGUCCACAGAUUCGUUCCGGGUCCAGAAUCCGUUUGCAGGGGUACCACCUACUGCGAGCACUCUCCGGAUUAUCCGGAAAACUAUAUUAAAACGGCCAUCAGGACGCAGGAAAGUCUUAAAUACUUCACAGGAGUCGAUGAGGUCGUGAAUAUUAUACAACGGAUAGACGACUCCCCUCUGGAGGAAACGCAGCUCUGCGUCUCGACUGAACAAGUGAUCAUCCCGAAGUCAGCGGAAAACAGGGAUAAACAGUGGCGCUACAUAGUAAAUCACGGGAACGUCACCCAGGGAGUGCGAAUCGAAAGGUGCCAGAACGAAGGCAGCGAAUGCAAAAUCCUCGAGAGCUCACCUAACGGCUACAAGACGAGCUGCAAGCAAAAGUACAUCUAUCGUCAGCUGAUGGCCUUGAUGGCGAACGGUUCGGUUUCGCCGGACGUGUUCCGGUUUCCGGCCAGCUGCUGCUGUCACGCCAAGUUCACCGGAAAUCUCCUUACGAGGAUGGGAAUGGAUAUCGGCAAAGCGAAUCUUUCUGAGAAGCGAACCUCGAGUUAUCAGGCUGAUUGGCCGUGACGGCGGAGAAUUUCGAAUUAUCGGUUCGCCCCGUUAAAAGAGGCGAGAGUACACGCGGAGACUCUUGACAAAGUAAUCGGCAUCGAUGGCGAAAUUGAAGAUUUCGCAAUGGAGCUGCUCGCAGCGCACUCGAUGGAAUUUUAAGAGAUUUCGAUGAGAAACGAGCCAAGACGGAUACACGGUGGACACGGACGUGUCGCCGGCACACUUCCAGGAGAUGCCUAAAGUGGCUUCUCAGUCUUUCCUCGGCUUCUGUUAUUUCAUGACUGAAUUAAUUCCGCCAUGCUUGGCGUUGCCGUGAAAUAUAGUUGUACUGCGCCUGUGGCGACCACCCGGCAGCUAUAGAACUGUGUCAUGAGAUAUUGAGAGUCACGAGCGAAUUAUCAGAAAUCGCGCUAUUGAAAUAAAAUCAACACGAGAGUUCGAGCCUCAACCACAACGAGUCGUGAAAAGACACGAGGAUGAAGUUAAAUCUAAAAAUG